AAAGAGUGGAGGCUGGCCUUGGUUUAGCAUUACAAAACCCCACCUCUCUGUCCAGCCACGUUAAAUAGUCAAACCUUGGCCCCAGUCUAACUGAAACCUCCAGAUUCAGCUUCAAGCUCGUCACAAGAGUUCCACACUGCUAACAAAGUGGCACCACAAUGAAAGGAGACUCUGUCAACGCCAGCCUCCCCAAUUACACCAGCCAUGCCAGUGACUUGCCACCCUCUGAAGUGAAGAUGGAGGAGAGGGGUCAGUGGAGCAAUAAGCUGGAGUUCGUUCUGUCAGUCGCCGGCUCCAUCAUCGGCCUGGGCAACAUGUGGCGGUUCCCUUAUCUGUGCUACAAGAACGGGGGAGGUGCAUUCCUCAUCCCUUACCUGAUCUUCCUGUUUACUUGUGGUGUUCCCGUCUUCCUCCUGGAGGUAGCACUGGGCCAGUACACCAGUGAGGGAGGCAUUACCUGCUGGAGGAAAAUCAGUCCUUUGUUUGAAGGUCUUGGCUAUGGCACCCAAGUGAUAGUGACUCUGCUGAACUUCUAUUACAUCAUCGUUCUGGCUUGGGGGAUUUUCUAUCUGUCUUUCUCCUUCUCUUGGGACCUGCCUUGGUCUUCCUGCAACAAUACGUGGAAUACAGAAAACUGUGUGGAGUUUCAGAGGAGAAACACCUCAACUGACCAAAUGAUCAACCCGAACACCACCUCUCCUGUCAUUGAGUUCUGGGAGAGAAGAGCACUAAGGAUUUCCCCAGGCAUUGACCAAAUGGGCUCGCUCAAUGGGGACCUGGCCCUGUGUCUGUUCAUCGCCUGGGUCAUGUGCUACUUCUGCAUCUGGAAGGGGGUGAAAUCCACAGGAAAGGUGGUCUACUUCACUGCGACCUUCCCCUACGUGAUGCUCAUUGUGCUGUUGAUCAGAGGACUCACCCUUCCUGGCGCUGGAAUCGGCAUCCAGUUCUACCUUUACCCUGAUUUGGGGCGAUUGGCAGAUCCACAGGUGUGGAUGGAUGCUGGCACUCAGAUCUUCUUCUCCUAUGCCAUCUGUCUGGGGUCGCUGACGGCUCUGGGCAGUUACAAUAAAUAUAAUAAUAACUGCUAUAGAGACUGCAUGGCGCUGUGCUUUCUGAACAGUGGCACCAGCUUCGUGGCAGGCUUUGCGAUCUUCUCCAUCCUGGGUUUCAUGUCUUAUGAGCAAAAUGUUCCCAUUUCUGAAGUGGCAGAAUCUGGCCCUGGCCUGGCAUUCAUAGCUUACCCUCGUGCUGUGUCCAUGAUGCCCUUGUCUCCCUUGUGGGCGGCCCUCUUCUUCAUCAUGAUUGUUUUUCUAGGGCUGGACAGUCAGUUUGUGUGCGUGGAGAGCCUUGUGACGGCCAUCGUCGACAUGUACCCAGCCGUGUUCCGUCGAAAGUACCGCCGGGAGCUCUUCCUGUUAGCCGUGGUCCUGGUCUCCUUCCUCAUGGGCCUCGUCAUGCUUAUGGAGGGGGGCAUGUAUGUCUUUCAGCUCUUUGAUUACUACGCAGCCAGUGGCAUGUGUCUUCUCUUCAUGUCCAUCUUUGAGACAGUUUGCAUUGCGUGGGUUUAUGGCGCUGAUCGCUUUUACGAUAACAUUGAGGAUAUGAUUGGUUACCGGCCAGGACCGUAUAUCAAGUGCUGUUGGUUGUUCUUCUCCCCUGCCACAUGCAUUGGCACCUUUGCAUUCUCCCUCAUUAAAUACACUCCUCUGAAGUACAACAAUGAGUAUGUGUACCCGUGGUGGGGAUAUGUGAUCGGCUGGCUGCUUGCUCUCUCCUCCAUGGUCUGCAUCCCACUGUGGAUGGUGUAUAAGAUCAGCACCACCCAGGGGACACUCAGAGAGCGCAUCCAGUUGCUCAUCAGACCAUCUGACGACUUACCUAAAACCAAGAGGGAGCAGGAGAGGUUACUGGCUAUCUUUGCUCCAGAGGUAGACACCACCAAGACUACAAAUGGCUACUUCCCGGUCUCCGAGGCAGACUCCAACUUGUGAGGCUUCAGUGGUCUGUGGGAUCCACUGACUUUAAUACAUAACAUACAUGGUGGACUCAGGCGAAAGUAGUGGCAUGACGAUUUUUGAGUGAUAAAAUAGGGCAGAAGAAAUUAAAAAAGUAGCCUGCCAUUUGAAUUAAGAACUUUCAGAGUGGAAAGGAGAGUUUUUCAGGGACAAAAGUAAUUUAGACAAACUUGUUCUUGAGUCUGGGAAUCCAUCGGUAAAGUUUAUAAGUAACCCAAGAAAAGCAAAGUCAUGGGAGGAACAGCUGAAUCAUUGGAUGUUCCAUAACACUUAGAGAGCAACUUCUUAAUGCUCCUUUAUGUAUCUGACAACACUGCAUGGCUGUUUUGUCAUAUUUGUAUCAUAUUGUUAUGUUGUGAUAAAUAACUGCAGAGGUUUUCCUUUUGUAUUUAGGGAAAAUGAGAUUAUGCUUAACAGUAGACAUAAUAGGAUGCAGAAUAAAUACUUGGAAAUGCAGAAUACUGAUAUGGACUAAUAUGGUAUAUAAACUGUAGUUUCAUUUUUUGUACUGUAACGUAUAAUGACUGUACAAAGAAACAUUACUGUUGUAAGUGCGGAUUGAAAAAUAAACUUUGUAAGUUGUCCUGAA